GCUUUCAGAAGGCAACUACUUAAUAAAUGUGAACUCUUUUUUUUUUGCCAAAUUAAGACAAAGGCCAGGCCACCAUACAAUUGCCACCACCGGGAGGCCUAGCUGACGUCCGGUGGGGAAAGUGAAAACCUUUUGCUCUUUUGAAAGAUGGGUCAGGGGCUGAGUUGUGUAGCGAGUCAAGAGAAUGAAUUGUUUACUGCAGUUCAAGUUGGAGACUUUGAAACUGUGGAAACUUUGUUAGAGAGAGAACCCAAUCUUUCGCAUCACACAACUGUUUAUGAUCGCCACUCUGCUCUUCAUAUAGCAGCUGCUAAUGGUCAGAUCGAGAUUUUGGCCAUGUUUUUGGAGAAAUCCGUGAAUCCGGAUGUAGUGAAUCGUCACAAGCAGACUCCACUUAUGUUGGCUGCAAUGCAUGGGAAGACCUCCUGUGUGAAGAGGCUCAUUGAAGCUAGGGCAAAUAUAUUAAUGUUUGAUUCCCUUCAUGGAAGAACUUGCUUACACUAUGCAGCCUAUUAUGGUCACUCUGACUGCCUUCAAGCCAUCCUCUCUGCUGCUCAAUCUAGCCCUGUUGCUGUUUCAUGGGGAUAUGCACGGUUUGUGAAUAUAAGAGAUGGUAGGGGAGCCACUCCCUUGCACUUAGCAGCACGCCGGAAGCAGCCUGAAUGCGUACAUAUCCUGUUAUACAAUGGUGCUCUUGUUUGUGCAUCAACUGGUCGAUAUGGUUUCCCAGGAAGCACUCCUCUUCAUUUGGCUGCUAGAGGGGGCUCUCUUGAUUGCAUUCGUAUGUUGUUGGCUUGGGGUGCAGAUCGUCUUCAAAGAGAUGCAUCUGGGAGAAUAUCAUUUGUCGUUGCGCUAAAACACAAACAUGGAGCUUGUGCAGCUCUUCUAAAUCCUUCAUCAGCAGAACCUCUUGUCUGGCCAGCAACUUUAAAGUUCAUUACCGAGCUUAAUGAAGAGGCAAAAUCACUAUUAGAACAGGCCUUAAUGGAGGCAAACCGGGAAAGGGAAAAGAACAUCUUAAAGGGAACAGCUUACUCACUUCCAUCACCCUCACAUUCUGACUCAGGGUUAGAUGACAGUGUUUCUGAGGCUAGCGAUACUGAAGUAUGCUGUAUAUGCUUUGAGCAGCUCUGCACUAUUGAAGUUCAAGACUGUGGCCACCAGAUGUGUGCACAAUGCACAGUUGCCUUGUGCUGUCACAACAAGCCAAACCCUGUGACUGCAAGCCUAACAACCCUGGUAUGCCCCUUUUGCCGGUGCACCAUUGUCCGACUGGUGGUAGCCAAGAUGAAAUGUUAUGACAAUACCAAUCGCUUUACUGGAGAAGAUAGUACUUCAAAGCCAAGAAAAUCAAGAAAGCCAAGGAAUUUCAGUGAGGGAAGCAGCAGCUUUAAAAGUUUAUCCGCAAUAGGUUCAUUCAGCAAGAUUGGUGGCCGUAGCUCAGGAAGGAUUGCUGCAGAAAAUGAAUGGAUUGAUAAGACUUGAAACUUGGCACUUUGUCAGCCAUUGCUUAUUGAAAGUUUCAGAUUGUCACAUUCCUUUUCACACAACGAAGGAAAAUAAAAAAGGGCAGAGAGAAAAAAUCAAGCAAUCAUGGUUAGGACUGGACUCAUUUGGUCUAUGUACAUGUGAAAUAGGUGAGGUCCAUCUGCUACAUAAGCAAAGAAGUGAGUUUGCUUAGGGUUAUUUUGUUAGGGUUUGUAAGUUUGGUUUAUUUUGUUGUAAUCUUUGUUUACUUGAGACUGAGAUGAACAAUGCUACUAAAGAUUCAAUUUUUAUA